GGCGGGCCCGGAGACAGAAAGACUCUGGGACCUUGCCCCUUCUUCGGCGACUCUUUGGGGCCACGAUAUAAAAGGUAAUUGUGGUCCCCCGCGCCAUUCCAGUGCAGUGCCUACAUCACGCAGACAUGUUGCCUUUCAGAUAUGUGGCAGUAUUCGCCUUUGUGGCAGUAAGUUUUGCUCAGGAUUUUUCUGACUAUGAACCAGCAUCACCAGUAAGACCUGCUCCAUCCAGAGUACAACCAGGAUAUUCCGGCCCUGCUGGACCGAAACCCACUCCAGUUCCAAUCUUAAAACAAAUUAACAGACACAAUGAGGAUGGUUCUUACACUUAUGGAUACGAAAGCGCUGACGGAUCUUUCAAAAUUGAAACCAAAUUGCCCAAUGGCGAGGUAAAGGGUAAAUACGGAUACGUAGAUGACACUGGAAAAGUUCGCGUGGUAGAGUAUGGAGCAACUAAAUAUGGUUUUGAACCAGCCGGUGAAGGUAUCACCGUUGCCCCACCAACCCUAGUCGACGAAACAACGAACAAAGAAGGAGCUCUUCUCCCAGAAUACUCCGGUGCUUACUACGACCAAGAUCAACAACAACCACAACCUCUGCCCUCUAGACCAGCUCCAAGACCAAGACCACAACCACAGCCAGCUUUCCAAUCAUAUUCUCCCCCACAACAGUUUGAACCAGCCCCCGCCCCAGUGCCACAGAGAGCUCAAGUAUCCGGCGCUUCCCUCUCAUCUUCACAAACAUUCGAUUUCGGUCCAGCUGCCCGUCCAGCUCCUGCAAGAUCUUUUGCGCCAGCUCCGUCCAGAAGCUUCGCACCAGCACCUUCGAGAAGCUUUGCCCCAGCUCCAUCGAGAAGUUUCGCACCAGCUCCUCCAAGACCCGCUGCUGUGUCUUAUGCUGAACCGGCCCCGAUCGAAGAAUAUGAACCAGCCCCAGCUCCAAGACCCCAACCCAAAAUCACUUACGCUCAACCAGCUCCAUUGGCGGCCAGACCGGCUCCCUCUUUUGCUCCCGCUCCAAGGCCUGCCCCACAAUUUGCACCAAGACCAUCGCCAUCAGGUCCAGUAGGACGCGGCGGAAUUUUAGAUCAAUUGUCCAAAGACUAUGCUUUGCCUUCAGAUGGCGCCGCUCCCUUACAUGAUAUUAGCUUCGGUUACUAUUAAAACUAGGAUAUUUAUUUAAAAAGUUAGUUUGAAUUUGCCUUAAAUUAUUUAAUCUUAUUUUCAUAAUUGUUUUCUUUUGUGUCCUAUAAUUUAAUGCAAAUUCGAUAUGAUUUGUACUUUUCAUAAAACUAGUCCUGUCUUAAACAUUCAGGAAUAGGUCAUCAAUAGUUAUCUUAAUGAUAGGUAUUGACCAUUAAUUUAAGGGAAUAUUUAAUAUCUAGACAGACAUUCCUUUGAAUUAAUCACUCAAAGCGUGUUAUAAAUACCUCUUGGGAUAUUCCAAGAAUUAAGCCGACUGUAAAUACUUUCUACUGUAGCCAAUAUGUAUGUAAGCAAAUAAUUUUAUUGUUUAGUGAAUAAGAUUGAAAUAUUGUGAUAAAACCUCACACGUUUUAAAAUAUUAAAACCAACAGGGCUGCAUAUUAGUUUGUAAACAAUUUUGUCAAUAAACACUAAUGUGAAUUUAUAAAAUCUAAAUUCAAAUAAAUUAAAUAAUCAUUGUA